UGGCAGCGGCGGGGGCGGGGCGGGGCAGCGGCCGGCCAGUCACCUGUCACUAUGGAGAGUGGGAAGAUGUUCGCAGAGGCAGUCCGUCUAGCAAAGGAAUCUCACCCUAAAACAACCACAAAGACGGUUAAAUAUGGAACAGCGGGAUUCAGGACGAAGGCUGAGGAGCUGGACUUUGUCAUGUACCGCAUGGGCAUCCUGGCAGCCAUGCGGUCCAGGGACACACGGGCGGCCAUUGGUGUGAUGAUCACCGCCUCACACAACCCGGUGCCUGACAACGGAGUGAAGCUGGUGGACCCUCAGGGGGAGAUGCUUGCCCCCGCCUGGGAGGCACAUGCCACCACGCUGGUCAAUGCCACUGAUGAUGGCAUUGCUGCAGCACUGGAGGCCAUCACCAGCGCUGCCAAGAUCAACACUGGCAAUGCUGCACUUGUCAUUGUCGGCAGAGACACAAGGCCCAGCAGCAACGGCCUGCGUGAUGCUGUGCUGGCUGGUGUGGCGGCGGUGGGUGGUGAGGUGAAGGACCUUGGCGUCGUUUCUACACCUGUGCUUCACUACAUGGUGACCUGCCACAACGAUGGGGGCGAGUAUGGUGAGCCAACCAUUGAGGGAUACUACAAGAAGAUAUCUCAGGCCUUUGUCAGUCUUCGGUCUGGCGGCGCCUGCAAUGGAAACUAUGAACCGGUGAUCUUGUUUGAUGGGGCGAAUGGCGUGGGAGCACUGGCCAUGGAGGAGUUCACCAAGCACUUGCAGGAUGCCCUCAAGGUCACCAUGUACAACAAGGGCGAGGGCGUCCUCAACCACCUGUGUGGCGCUGACUAUGUCAAGGUCCAGCAGAAGUGGCCUGAGGGUGUGCCCAAGACACAGAAUGUGAGGUGUGUGUCAGUGGACGGAGACGCUGACCGUGUGAUGUACAGCUUUGUGGACGGCAGCGGCCAGUACUACAUGCUGGACGGGGACAAGAUUGCUACCUUGGUCGCUGGCUACUUGAAGGAGUUGGUAGCAGGGUCUGGGUUGAAGCUGAACCUUGGCCUGGUCCAGACUGCCUAUGCCAAUGGAGCAUCCACAGCCUACAUCACAGACAAGCUUGGCGUGCCUGUGGCUUGCGUCAAGACCGGCGUGAAGCACCUCCACCAUGCUGCCCAGGACUUCGAUAUUGGUGUUUACUUUGAGGCAAAUGGUCAUGGUACUGUGAUUGUCUCCAGCUCUGCCAGACAAGCCAUCAAGGAAGCUGCCAAGGCUAAGAACGCUCAGGCAGAAAAGUUGGCUCAGGUGCUUGACGUCAUCAAUGAGUCAGUCGGGGAUGCCAUCUCCGACAUGUUUCUGGUGGAGACGGUACUUCAUGCUCGUGGUUGGUCAGCGCUGGACUGGAACGCUGCCUACACUGACCUGCCAAACAGACAAAUGAAGGUGAUGGUGGCUGACAGGGCUGUGAUCACCACGACUGAUGCUGAGCGAGUCUGCGUCACACCAGCAGGCUUACAAGACACUAUCAAUAAAAUUGUUGCCAACUUCCCAAAAGGCAGAUCCUUUGUGCGGCCUUCAGGCACGGAAGAUGUUGUUCGAGUGUAUGCCGAGGCCUCAACUCAAGAGAACACGGACAGUCUAGCGGUGCAGGUGGCGUGUGCGGUGUAUGAGCAGGCUGGUGGUGUGGGGGACAGACCAAAGCCUCCCUGUUAACAUCAUGUCUGUGUCUCAAUGAACACUGCAGUGAGAGGUGUCCAGUAUUGUUUCCUGAGAUAAGUUUGGGGUGCUUUCUAAGAAUCAUGGGAUAUUUUUGUCUUCAGCUUGUCAUAAUUGAUUGAAUUUUACUGCACAGUACAGUGUGAGGCUAUCGAGUUUAAGUGAUUGGUCAGUUUACCACACAUGAAUUGUAAGGCAUUUAAGAUUAAUUUGAGGCUAUAUUCCUUAUUAAUUGGUGCUGGGACUUAAGAUGCCAUUACUUAAGUUGGUGGUGGAAACAAUCUUGGCCAUUACAUAAGUUGGUGGUGGAAACAAUCUUGGCCAUUACAUAAGUUGGUGGUGGAAACAAUCUUGAUUUGCUUUACAUUGUAUAUAGGAGGUGUGGGUUUUGAAUGAUAAUGGUCUUCCCUGAAUGACUCCAGAACUUGUCUGUCAAAAUAUUUUGUUGAAUGACGUGAGCUUGUGCAUUCUGGAUGUGGAAGUAACAUUGGCCCUUCUUUCUCCUGGGUUGUGUUCCCUGGAGGCUGGAGGGCAUACAGCAAUUUAUUUGUAAGCAUUCUUACGAUAUUUCUUACUUUGUCACUACAUUCCUUUGCAUGAAGUAGAGCACAUUGAGUUGUUUCAGAGGUAUUGUGGAGCUGUGUUUGGACUGAGUGCCUUACUGUGAGAGUUGACACCACAGUUGGGCAAGGUAAGCUGCCAAGUCUCACUGUUUGUAUUGCCGACCAUUAGGGAUGAUCGGAAGAUGCGCAAUGUGUAGCAGGUAGAUUUUUUAUACUGUGGAACUCGGUGCUUUUUAUGGGGCGGUGUUGUAUUUUUUUCUUCCAAAUCAUGCGUGUGACACGAUCACUUUGUAUAUGCAUAUUUGUACUACACUUUUAUGGUUAGUAAUUUUGUUGAUGUAAUGGCUCCAGUUCUGUCUUUGUGAUAUGCAGUUACUUCUGGUAAUGUUAGGUAUUUACUGAAUGCAAAAUGUUUUUUAACUGGAUGAAUCUUAGCCUGUUAGGAAUGAUGUCCAAUGAAUCUUAGCCUGUUAGGAAUGAUGUCCACAAUCACAGAGAAAGUUUGAAGCAUCUCAUACAGGUUACUCUCCAGUCCUUAGCCUUGAGUUAUGAAAAAAUUAUUUUAAUGUGAUUUAUUCUCGCAAGAUUGGAUAUAGUUAAUAUGACAGACAGAAAUUAUUGCAGCUGUUGACAGUACUCUCAUUCUAUUUUACUUUCCUGAGGAUGAUGGCCUGCAGGCUUGUGGGUCUGGACUCGUGGGUGUUUGAGAUGCUUCAGCAUAAUACUUCAAGGGUAAUUAAAGGAAGACUGUGUCAGUGAGUGAGAGCAUGUACUUAAUUAAGUAUACUCCUCUGCGCUGUGAAGCUCCAUGACAGCUAGGUAGAGUAGUGGUUAAGUAGGUUGUUGCGAGAAAGCAGCAGUAAAAUAUUUAUAUAUUUUCAAUAAUAUAUGGGUACACACACACCAGUGAGGAAAAAAGUAUCAUAAUCACUUACGUUGUACAACAGAGAACUUGUUGGUGGUAUGUGUGAGGCACAGAUGCCAACCUUGCCUCUACACUACAUAUGAGGCCACACACUGGUUCUCUGCACUUGGUCACUUGUGUGUAUCAUCUCACCUGACUGGUUGUUUUCAGUACAAGGAUAAUGGAUAAUGCUGCUGAUUAGCUUGCACAGUUAGUUACUUUGAGCUGCUUUUGUAUUUGUUUCAUAAAAGUACUGCAUUAUCUAAAUUUUGGUAGGAAUGCAAAGUUAAUUUCCUGCUUAUCUUAAAAAAUGUGUGUAGACCAAUUAGCAGUUAAAACAUCACACAUCCUGUUUGCAUAAAAUGCCACAAUCAUCUUAAGGUCCAGAACAUAAUAUAAAUACAGAAAAGUACCCAAACUG